UUUACUCUUUGGUUUCUCUAAAAUCUACACAUUUUCAUUUGGGUAUCAGUCAAACCUUCAAAAAAUCCAAUAUUUCCAUCUGGGUAUCAUUCAAUCCUUCAAAAAAUCCAAUUGUUUUCACCUGGGUAUCACUCAAAACUUAAAAAGUUUCAAAAUUUCCAUCUGGGUAUUACUCCAUUUUCCAAAAAAAUUAUCAAUAAAAAUGGACUCAUCAUCAUCACCAUCAAAGUUUGAUUCAAUCACAACACCACACAGAACACCAUCAUUCAAAGAAGACACAUACCAUCUCUACAAUCUCAAACCAUCUGAAAAGAAAGCCCUUCAAGAACUCAAAGAAAAACUCACCACACCUGAGAAUGCUGACAUCAGCAUGUGGGGCAUCCCACUGCUACCAACAACCACCACAUCUGAGAAAGCUGACGUCAUCCUGUUGAAAUUCCUAAGGGCAAGAGACUUUAGAGUUCAAGAUUCAUUGACCAUGUUACAAAAGUGUCUUGCUUGGAGGAAAGAAUUUGGUGCAGACAACAUUGUUGAUGAAGAAUUAGGGUUUAAGGAACUUGAAGGUGUAGUGGCAUAUAUGAAUGGGUAUGAUAAAGAAGGCCAUCCUGUUUGUUACAAUGCAUAUGGUGUGUUUAAAGAUAAAGAAAUGUAUGAGAAAAUAUUUGGAGAUAAUGACAAGUUGAAAAAGUUUUUGAGAUGGAGAGUUCAAGUUCUUGAAAGAGGGAUUAAAAUGUUGCAUUUUAAACCUGGUGGGAUUAAUAGUAUUAUUCAAGUUACUGAUCUUAAAGAUAUGCCUAAAAGAGAACUUAGAGUUGCUUCUAAUCAUAUUUUGUCUUUGUUUCAAGACAAUUAUCCUGAAAUGGUUGCUAAAAAGAUCUUUAUCAAUGUACCAUGGUACUUCAGUAUGUUGUACUCAAUGUUUAGUCCAUUCUUGACUCAAAGAACCAAAAGCAAGUUUGUGCUUUCUAAAGAAGGAAAUGUCGCCGAAACUCUUUACAAGUACAUAAGGCCUGAGGAUGUACCAGUACAGUAUGGUGGACUGAGCCGCCCCAACGAGUCGAACGGCCCACCCAAACCAGCUUCUGAGUUCACAGUCAAAGGUGGAGAAAAAGUCAAUAUUCAAAUUGAAGGCAUUGAGGCCGGUUCAACUAUAACAUGGGAUAUCGUGGUUGGAGGGUGGGAGUUGGAAUACAGUGCAGAGUACGUCCCAAUUGCAAAUGGAAGCUACACCAUUGCGGUGGAGAAGUCAAGGAAGGUGGGAUCAGGUGAAGAGGCAGUUCACAACUCUUAUACCACAAAAGAACCUGGAAAGUUGGUGUUGUCCGUUGAUAAUUCAGCCUCUCGGAAAAGAAAGGUUGCUUCCUACCGUUACCAAGUACGAAAACCUCCCGUUGUGAUGUGAGUUUCUUUUGAAACCGUUUGUUACCCGUCUACUCUAGUGUUUUUGGUUCUAUUGGUGUUGUCAUGAAGUAAUGUUUGCCUACCUAAUAUGUAACUUGUAAGUUGUAAGAAGAAAACGGUUGUAUUACAUUACCUAUUUAGAAUAUGAGUAGAUUAAGGUAGAUGAUGAUAUUACGCGGUAUGCUAGUUAGGGGUAAAAAAAAUAGGCUUUGGCUUUUGGGAUCGCAGUGUGAUCUGCAAAGUAAAGCUUGGCUGAUGAGUCAUGUAAUCCAUCCCGUUUGACGUGGACUAUUAGAGUUUAUUUUUUUUACAAUGA